CAUCGGCCAAGUCCUGGCUUGCUCGCUCCACGAGUUACGAUCGAACACGUCGCUACGCUAUUUAUUGAGCGGAGACAAACUGCCAGGUCCAAUGUUCACUUCGGGCUUCGAGCUGACUACCAUUGACUGCUGUACGUGAGCUGUACACAGUGCCUGCUGUUGUUCAAAUCAUUGUAAUAUUAUUGCGGUUGCAGCCCUGGAAUUGGAAGUAAUUUUAGCUGCUAAUCCUCAACUACUUUACAUUGGACUGUGGAUCCCUCUAAAGUAAAGGCAAAUUUAUAACUCUUCUGACUUCUCAAGUAACACAACUGUAUCAUAUUGACCAUGCCUCCAAAGAAGCGAGCAGCGAGCACUAAGGCUGGCGGGAAGGGGGCUAAAGCGGUGAAGAAAGAACCAGAUGAUGGAGGUCUGAAGGCUGCUGUUGAGAAACUGAAGACAGCAGACAAAGGAAAGAAAGUUACUCAUACUAAGGAUAGCCUGUGCAGCUGGCCUGGUACAGUGGUGGACGACUAUGACUGUAUGCUGAACCAAACAAAUAUAGGCCACAACAACAACAAGUUCUACCUGAUACAACUCUUGGAAUCUUACUCGGAGUAUGCUGUGUUUACACGAUGGGGAAGAGUGGGAGAAACAGGUAUGAACGCCACCCAGGAAUUCACAAAAGCUGACGAGGAAAGUGCUAUAAAGUACUUUUGCAAGAAGUUCAACGACAAGACCAAGAACAAGUGGGAAAACAGAGCCAACUUUGAGCCCAAGGCGGGCAAAUAUACCCUGAUAGAGGUGGAGGAUGCUGAUGAGGAGGAGCUUCAAGAGACCAGUGACAAGCUUGCUGAGGUGGAUGACUCAACUAAGGCAGUACAACCUUCUAAGUUGGAUAAGGCUACACAGGAAUUUGUCAAACUGGUCUUCAAUGAAGACAUGUUCAAGGAACAGAUGACCAAGUUUGAAAUUGAUGUGAAGAAGAUGCCUCUGGGUAAACUCAGCAAGGCUCAGCUGGCCAAGGGCUUUGAAGCAUUGGAGGAACUUGAGGAUGCGAUACAGAAGAAAGCAAAGAAGCCCAAGCUGAGCGAUCUCUCCUCCAAGUUUUACACCAUCAUCCCUCAUUCCUUUGGGAGAAAGAUUCCUCCUGUUAUUGAUGAUGCUGAGAAGAUUCAAGCCAAGAAAGACAUGCUACUGGUUCUGGGAGACAUUGAGAUUGCUCUAGGUAUGCAGAAGGAAAAGAAGAAGAAAGAUGCAGCGGCUGGUGAUGCAGUCCCUCAUCCUCUGGAUGUCAAGUAUGAGCUUCUCAAGUGUGAACUGGAUCUUCUGGACCCAUCAUCCAAGGAGUUCAAGAUUGUCAAAACCUACGUUGCUAAUACAGGAUCUGGUAAUAUGGAUAAGAAACUACUCCAUGUUUGGAAGAUGGACAGAGAAGAUGAGGGCGCCAGAUUUGCUGAACACAAGGAUAUCACAAACCGUCGUCUGCUAUGGCACGGUACCAAUGUAGCUGUAGUAGCCGCCAUUUUGAAGACUGGACUACGCAUCAUGCCACAUUCUGGAGGAAGAGUAGGUCGGGGCAUAUAUCUCGCAUCGGAACAAAGCAAGUCAGCUGGAUAUGUUGGAUCAGCAAAUGACGGUAGAGCUGUGAUGUUUCUGAAUGAAGCGGCCCUGGGUAAAGAGCACAUCAUCAAAGCCAAUGAUUGUUCUCUGAAAGAAGCACCUAAUGGAUGUGAUUGUGUCAUCGCUAAAGGAAACCAAGAACCAGAUCCCAAGAAAGAAACCAUUUUGAAGUUGGACGGUAAGGACGUGGUCGUACCUCAGGGCAAGCCGGUCCAGCAACCAAAGUAUUCCUCCUCUCACUUCUACCAGAGUGAGUACCUCGUCUAUAAGGAAAGCCAGAACAGGAUGAGAUAUCUCUGCCUCUUCAAGUUCUUUUAGUUAGUCUCUGCUAGGAGUAUCAUCCAAGUUGGAGGCUAGCUGUGAAAGAGAUAAGUGCAUGGAGUUCUUGAGUACCAGGAUGUAAUAUGUCUGCCUCUUCAAGUCCGGGUAAAGGUCCUGUCCACUGUGAGUGGCAGAGUUGUCUGACCCGAUUCAUAUGGGAAUCCAUUAUUUCUAGGGGGUGUUUCACAAAGCCUUUUUUCAAUGACAAGGGACAGAAAUCAGUGGCUAAUCUGCUGAUAACCAAUCAGAAGCAAGGAUUUCACUAGCUUAUAACAAAAACUGUCAUUUGUCACUGUUGACAUGUUUCGUGAGACACUCCCCUGGUAGUAAGCCUGUGAAAAUGAGAGAAUUUGUUAGUCAACAGGUUAUAGGAGAUACAUGUGGAGAGUUUAAUGUAAUAUUUUAUACUAACCCAGCAUUCUUAUUCAUUUUGGAUGCAAGUGCAAGUUAGACGUUAUUUUUAGAAUUAGGCUGCAACUCAAUUCAUCAUUCACUGCUUGCUGUGCCCUAUACAACCAUGCUAUGUAAAGCAAAUGUUCCAUGUACUUUAUUUUGUACAUGUGACUAAAAGUUAAGCAAAUCAUGUUUGCCUCAUAUUUUGUUACUUCAUCAAAAUAGAGUCCUUAGAGAGGAUUGCAUUACAAUUUGUUUAUAAAAAGUGCAUUUUAUUGUUGAAAUUAUUGUAUAAAAUUAUAUCUGAAAUAUCUUCUACCAUUUUUUAAAGGAGACUUUGUAAGAGGAAACAUGUGCCGAGUCACAUGUCAAAAAUAUAAAAUUUUGUUUUUCUUUCUAUCUCUGAUCUUUUAAAACUUAUUUUUUCUGUCCUCAAAAGUUGUGAUUGUAAUCACAAUAUGAACUGAAGUCUAUAUGCUGUUUUGAAUUUUUUUUCUCCAAAAUGAUUUGGAAUACAUAAGAGCUUUCAUAAUGAUGUCAUGUUUGAACUCACCCUUUGACUAGCCAGGUUGAUUGAAUGUUAAAAUAUAUGCUGAAAUAUAUUAUAAAACACAAUUUGUUCAAUAUUUACUAUUUUCAAUACUGAUACAACUUUGUUAUGUCAAUAUGAUUACGCAGCUGUAAUGAUGGCAAUAGUAUACUUCAUGAUUUUAAUUCAUGUAAUAUCAUUCUAUCAGAAUUUUUUAAACUUUUAAUAUAGAUUUUAAAUUUAAGUCAUGAAAUACAUCUUUAAAAAAAUAUAUUAAUCAGAUUUCAUAAUCUAUGAAUUCACUUGAGUCUUUGAAGAAAUAUUUUAUAAGAUUUUAAAUUUUAAAUAUGUAUAAAAGUGUGUAAUGGAGUAAUCACUGUUAUGAUGUUGCAGUAGGAAAAAUGCAUCUUUGAAAAAUAUGUUAAUCAGAGUUUAUAAUCUAUGCAUUCACUUAGAGUCUAUAGAAAAAAUAUUGUUAAGAUUUUAAAUUUUAAAUAUGUAUAAAAGUGUGUAAUGGAGUAAUCACUGUUAUGAUGUUGCAGGAGGAAAUAUAUAUAUAUAUAUUGUGAGAAGUGCAAAUAGAAAUCAAGAAUGCCUAUAAAGUUAUGUUUGGAAUUUCUUGAAUCAUUACUAGGUAUCAAUGUGCCCUUGAUAACAACUAUAGAAAUCAGCAUUUUUAAUUGCAUUUUAUAAAUGUUGAGUAUGUCAAUUUAUGUACAUGUUUGUGUGAAAUGUAUUAAUAACAUAUCUUAGUUGUUGCUUAUAUUUUGAAUUGAAGAAAAAAAAAUGCAUACACAUGUACGUUGUAGCUUCCUACUGUGAAUGUUUGUAAAUCUGUAUAUUUUUCCUGCUCACCUUGUUGAGAAAGUGAUUCUUUCUUAAUUAUGAAGCAAUUUUGUUGCUAUUUUCAGUUUUGUAGUCACCAGAGUACAAUGUAUCAUAUUGUAUGGAAGUGUAUUCCAUUUAUACAUGUAGAAAAGAAAACAAAAUCACUUUCAGUCAAUAAAGAUUUGACACGAGUCCAAUGAUCUUAA